ACUUAUUCCCAAAAGCAAAUGGUAAUGGGGUAUUUUUGUAAUUACUGAUUUGCAUGCCAGGUUCCAGCUCCCCAUUGCUUCGGCCCUGCUAUUUGAAAAAAAAAAAAAGGAAACUUCGCAUCAAUAUAAUGGAGGAAAUAAGCUUCCUUUUCUCCUCCAGUUUCCAUCGAGAGGAGAUCAGUUGAAUCAAAACAUUACCCGCAGACUCGUUUCGAUGCUUCAUCCGCCUCUGUGAAGCUGAAAUAUCAAGAGAUGGGAGGAGUAACUUCGAUGAUGGCCGCGAAGUUCGCCUUCUUCCCACCGGACCCGCCGUCUUACGGAUUAGUCGCUGUGGAUGCGGUGGAGCCGGCGGGGGUGAGGUGGGAGAUGACCGGAGUGGUGAAGAGGGAGGGGGUCGAGGUGAGGAGGUUGAAGACAAGGAAGGGGAAUGAGAUUGUGGCGGUUUAUGUGAGGAAUCCUGCGGCGAAGCUCACUGUGCUUUAUUCGCAUGGAAACGCUGCCGAUAUUGGUCAGAUAUACGAGCUAUUCAUUGAGCUUAGUGUUCAUCUAAGGGUGAACCUGAUAGGGUAUGAUUAUUCUGGAUAUGGACAAUCAACUGGAAAGCCAAGUGAGCAAAAUACAUUUGCAGACAUUGAAGCUGUGUAUAAGUGUUUGGAAGAAACAUAUGGGACCACGUCACAAGAUAUUAUUUUAUAUGGACAAUCAGUUGGGAGUGGUCCAACAUUAGACUUAGCCACCCGUUUACCUUAUUUAAAAGCUGUUGUUCUGCAUAGUCCUAUUUUAUCUGGACUGCGUGUCAUGUAUCCUGUGAAGCGUACAUAUUGGUUUGACAUAUUCAAGAACAUUGACAAAAUCCAAUUGGUUAAUUGUCCAGUUUUGGUGAUUCAUGGCACAGAUGAUGAUGUCGUUAAUUGCUCCCAUGGAAAGAAACUAUGGGAGCUCUGCAAAGAAAAGUAUGAACCUUUGUGGAUAAAAGGAGGGAAUCAUUGUAAUUUGGAGCUCUAUCCUGAGUAUAUAAGGCAUUUAAAAAAGUUCAUAUCAGUUAUAGAGAGGUUACCUCCCAAAACUUCUGAAGGUCCCAAGUUACCUGAGACUCCUCGCGUAAGUUCUGACACAUUGGAGCCUCCAAGAAAUAGCACUGAACAGAAGGAGAAACCCUUGCCCAGCAUUGAAGGAAAAGAUAAACCUCAGCAGAGCACUGAAAAAAAGGAGAAGCCAAGGCGGAGCAUCGAACGUAGAUUCAGCCUUAAUAGGAAGGAAAAAUCAAGAAAAAGCACUGAUAGUUGUCCUGCUGACCGGCCGAAUGACAAUAUGGAUCAUCUAGAGAAGCCGAGAAAGAGCAUUGAUCGCUUUGGAGAUAUGAUGAGGUCAGUAGGAUUUUGCAAUAUCGACUGUUUGAAGGAGACAGCUUCCAGGCCCUGAGAAAAUGUGGAGGUCCAGAGGCAAACAUUGACUUUUUUUGAUCAAGUUCUUCACCUUCUUCUCAGCCUCCCCCGCUGCAAUUUUCCUGUACUGAUGUUCAUCAAAUUGGAGGCCAAAAAGUAAUCGUAGCGAGCAAUUUUCGCAGCAAUUAGAAAUGAAUCUUUUCAUAAUUUCAGUGAGGUUGAGCACCACUCGGUCGCCUUUAAAGAGUGUAGUGUAGUUCAUUAUUUCACAGCCCCGGCGGCCGGCCGGCUGGCUGGCCGGCUUUCUUUGUGUCAUUUUGCAGGAUUUAAGUGUGCAAAGCUGAGUAGUUGUUUAUAUGGAAUGUUAAAGGUUGUACAGUCAUUAGUGUAUUUGGUCAAAUUGUAUGAUGUCCAUAGAAGAACUGGAGCUAAUCAGUGACAACUUUUUACAGUUACAUGAGGUAUAAAACAUUUAUUGGUUUAAAAUGCA